AUGGACUCGAACAACCACAUCUCCAAAGUCGCCCUUGUCGGCGCAACGGGCACUUUGGGCUCGCACGUUCUCUCAGGUCUCCUCGAUCAACCGUUUCCUCAAUUCCAGAUUACCUUGAUCACGCGCCCAGGAAGUAUCACUUCAUCCAAGCACCCGGACCUCACUUCCAACCCGCGAAUCACCAUCAAGGUCGGCUCGUACGAGGACCAUGCCUUCCUCGUCUCUGCACUCACCGGCCAGGACGCAUUGGUUGUGACCUUGGGCUUCAAUGUCUGCCACACGCUUCAACCCCUGAUAUUUCGCGUGGCAUGUGAGGUCAAAGUGCCGUACAUACUCCCCUGCGAAUUCGGCAGUGACACGACCAACCCGCGCCUCGUCUCCGCCAUCCCGGGACAAAUCAGCAAAGUCAACGCGCGCAGAUUGAUCGAGGACCUCGGCACCGCACCGGACGGCACACGCACGAGUUCAUGGAUCGGCAUCUGCACCAACGCCUGGCUCGACUGGAACUUACCAGGCGGCUGGAUGGAAAUUGACAUCAAGAACCGCACGGCCACGCUUCUCGACGGGCAAGGCAAGGACAAGGAUGUCAAAGCGUACUUCUCCACGAUCCGAAUGUCAGCCCUGACUGCGGCCAAAGUCCUCUCUUUGCCGCUCAAAGCAGAUGACAAAUCGUCUGGUUCUUCCCCCUCCUCCUUUUCCACCACCACCACCACCACAACCCAGCGCACUCUUCCAUCCUUCGCGAACAAGAUGGUCUAUGCGGCCUGCUUCCGACUAUCUCAAGCCGACAUCAUCUGCGCCGUGCAGCGAGCGACGCGCACCACUGAUACAGAUUGGCAGAUCUCCCAUGUUGGCCUGACGCGGUAUCUCGAUAGCGCUGCCGAGAAGGUGAAAGCAGGAAAUAGGCUGGGCAUCAUGGACCUCUUGCACGGCAAUCUCUUUGUCAAGGGCGUGGCCGACGCCUUCUACCCUGACGGCGCCGAGGAAGAAGCCGAGCUGAACAACACUUUACUCGGGCUAGAUGAGUGCGAGGACCUCGGAGACGUCAUGGCGAAGAUUGUGAAACAGGUUCUGAUCAAGUAA